AUGGGAGUUGAAACUUUAUCUGAUGUUACGUAUCGUUCACAUGACACUCGUACUGAAUUAACAAAUCUUAGUGAUCCGGGUCCUUAUGCUAAACCACCUAGACCUAAGGUUGCAGCCAAUGCUGUAAUGGAUUUUGAUAAUAACAACAAUCACACGCAAACCAGAACAACUUCGGCAAUAACAACAACCGUUAAACCAAGAAAAUUUCUCGAUCUUCGAAUUUCAAACAAAUCACUUCUGGUUCUUAAUGCUACACUGGAAUCCACUGUUAAAGAACAAACGGAUAAAAUUGCUACAAUGCCAUCAUUUGAAGUAAUGAUGGAGACACAACAAAAGCAAUCUGAAUAUCUUAAUAAAGUUGAAGAACUAAUUAACACACUAUCAACCAGAAUGAAUGAACAUGAAAAUGAGAUAAAAGUUAUGAUACGUCAAAUCGUAUUGAAAACGUAA